UCAUCUCCCCUCCUAGUCGUCCUCCUCCUCUUGUUCUCAGUUUUUCGGUAUUCUCGUCGGCUUCCGAGUUGCGCUCCCCACGCCCUCUCUCUCUCUCGUUUCUCUCUCUUUAAGUCGUCUGGCAGUGUGAGAGAUGAGCGUCGACUUCCUACAGAUGCGCCGGCGGCGGAAUUCUCAGGUUUCCUCCAAGCCAUGCUGGCUGCAGUCCUCCAUCAACGAGCUGGACCGGAGGAUGCAGGAGGUGUCGUUGGACCCGACGGACGACAUCGGCGGGGACUCUUUCGCGGGGAGGGCGGAGAUUUACUACCGGAAAAGGCCUCAACUCCUCACCCUCCUUCAGGAUGUCUAUCGCCGAUAUCUCUCCCUCGCCGACCGGUACGCCCACAUCCGCAGCCAAACGCAGCAUGCGACGUGCACCUCGGACACGACCAACGCCAACUCGGACGAGGACGCGGGCAGCAGCAUCGGCAGCUGCUGCAGCAGUGCCGCCAUCUCCUGCCACACUGUUGAAGAGAACAGCAGCUGCACUACGGCCACUAGCAGCAGUAGCAGCAGCAGAAAACGGAGGUUGUGCACCAGAGAGGAGGACGAGGACGAUGGGGAGGAGGCGGCAGACCUGUUGGUCGUGGAGGCUGUGGCGAACCAGGUGGAGGCGGAUCUCCUGCGGCACGAGCUGGAGUGCGAGAGGAGCGCGGGGCGGGACUCCGCCAGGAAGAUCGAGCUGCAGCAGAGCCUGCUGGAGGUGCUGGAGUCGGAGCGGCUGAUCCUGCUGGGCGAGAACGGGCGGCUCUCGUACAGGGUGGCGGCGGUGACGGAGGAAAACAAGGGUCUGAUCGCGGACGUGGUAUUCCUGAAGCGGAAGGUCGGGGAGUUGGGCCGGUGCCUGCUGAAACUCAGGGACGACCACCGGGUGUGCAUGCUCAGCCGACGGGUGGAGGACCUUCAGGCCCAAGUGUACGGCCUCGAGAAACGCAACAGGGAAUGCCUGGGUAGGAUGGGUGAUGGUACUGGUGGCGGUGGUGGAAGGAGGGCAGAGGCUGCGCUGGUGGCCAGCGGUGGUGGUGGGUUCGGGGUGGAGAUGGAGAUGCUGAGGCGGGAGAACUUCCGGCUGAAGGAGGCGUUGGGGUCGAGGGAGCCGUCGGUGGCUUCGACGUCGUCGUCGGCCCUAGCCAGGUGGGCCGAGCGCGCCAAGAGGGUCAGGUUUUUCGUGUGCGGGUUCGCGUCGUCGGCGCGGUCGGAAAGAGACUCCGAGAGUAAGAUGGUCAUUUGAGCCAGGGACCUUUUCUGGGUACGGGUGUCCUGUCAAGUCGGGUGCGCUCGGGGACCGAGGGACUUUGGGGCUGAAAUGUCUUUUGUGACCUCGGGUGCGUUGGUAAUGACGUAUGUUGGGAUGGAUCUGUAAUGGUGUAUGUACGGUUACUAAGUCUAAUAUAUCUGAAUGGCAGGCUCUUUCUAAUGUUCGUCA